UAAGAAGAAGAAAAAAUAUAACAAAAAUUUCAUUUGUGAGUCAAUUUUGGAACAUUCGUAUAAGAACGGUUGAUUCGUUAUCUCUGUUAAUUUGCUGAUUUUGCGUGAAAAUAUAUUUCGUACUGCUGAACAAUGGCAACUGUAACUUAUGAGGAAAUUAAAGACCUUCCCAAUCAUCCUGAAAAACUGUUAGUUGACGUACGAAAUGCAGACGAAGUACAAGCAACCGGUCAAAUUCCAACCAGCAUUAAUAUCCCAUUGCCGAAUGUGAAAGAGGAGCUUGAGCUGUCAGCCGAAGACUUCAAAUCCAAGUAUGGCCGUAACAAAUCACUCGAAAAUGAAAUUAUUUUUCACUGCCAUGCGGGACGACGAGCUGCUAAUGCCAGUGCUGUCGCUGAAGGUCUAGGUUUCAAGAACUCAAAAUCGUAUCCAGGCUCGUGGACUGAAUGGGCUGUUAAAGAGGGACUCUAAAAUGGAGUGCGAUGAAUACAAUACAACU